AUGUCUGCUAGUCCCUCUCCAGCUGCCGGUGGUGACGCCAAGCAGGCCGAUCAGAUUCACUUCCGAUUCUGCCGCGAGUGCUCCAACCUGCUAUACCCCAAGGAGGACCGUGCCACCAACCAACUCAUGUUCACUUGCCGCACCUGCCAUGUCGGUGAACCCGCCAGCUCCUACUGUGUCUACCAAAAUAAGCUCAACAGCCAAGUUGGUGAUACCGCCGGUGUCACCCAGGAUGUGGGCUCCGACCCCACGGUUUGUCUCCCAAGAUUUCCCUUUAUCGAUGGCUUUUGCUAUCUUUGCGGGGAUGAACUCUCCUGCUAUAUUUGCGGCGAGCUGCCUAACCUGGCUCACGUGGAAGAUGACGAUGAUAGCCUGGAACGCUGUUUCGAGAGCCAGUGCAGCCUCAGCUCAAAACGCCUUUAG